AUGUGGUGGUGGAUCGAAGCCAACCCGGUUAUCUGCGCCCUAGGCGUAUCGCCUUUCGACACGACCGACCCGGAGAGCAGCACUAGAGGUCUCCGCCCGAUACUCACCACCAGCACAGUCCACGAGAUGCCCACCACCUUGCCUCUGCCGUCGCCCCCACACGGCGCGCCCAUCGAAAACCGCGGCUACGACGCGCGCGUGCUGACCCCCACAGACCGGCUGACAUGCGCCCAGCUAGCCUACCUGCUCGUCCGCCAGGCCCUCCCCUCCAUGAUCAUCGCAGGCGCCCUCAACCUAGCCGCGGGCUACGGCAUAUACGCCACCCCGCGCCCGCCCCCGGGCCCUCCCCCGCAGGGCUCCAUCCCCCCCUUCCUCUUCACCCCGCCCGUCUCGCUCACCCUCGACGCCGCCUUCACGACGGCCAUCCAAUCCGUCGUCACCUGGCUGUGCCUGGCCGCGCUGGUCAACAUGUCGCUGUCGCGGGGCGAGGUGGCGCCGCACGCGCCCCCGGGGAAGCGAUGGCGGGAGCCGCGUGGUGGGGUGGUGCGGUGGUUUUUCAUGCUGGAUCGGUAUAAUGCGGUGCGCGGAGGUGGUGGGAUGUUUGGGGGGUGUUUGGGUUCGGGGUCUGGUUCUGGUUCUGGUUCUGGUUCUGUGGGCAGGUGGGAUGGGAUGGUGUUUAAGGCGGUCUAUGGCGGGGUGUUGGGCUUGUUGCUGUCGCCGAUGCUGGCGUGGAUGUGGAUGCUCAGGACGGGGUGGAUUGUGAACAGGCAUGCGGUGGUUUAG